UCUCUCUCUCUCUCCUUUGCGACAUACGUCCAGCCUCAUCGCCAGCGCUUCCCGUGUCCCCUUGAGAAUCCCUCUUCGUCUUGUUCUUCUCCACCUAUUAUAUCCGAUCCUACAUCUCUCUCUUCCACAACAGAGAUGUCUUCCACCGACGCCGCCACCGAGCCCAAGGUCGAGCAGACCAAGGCUGAGGCUCCCUCCGUGACCUCUUCGUCCGUCUUCUCCAUGUUCGGCGGAGGCGAGAAGAAGGAGAAGAAGGAGGACGAGGACCGGGGUGACAACUCCGGCAGCGCAAAGGCCCAGCGCGAGGCCAAGGCCGAGGAGGACGAGGCCCCCGAGAGCGAAGACGUCCACUUCGAGCCCGUCGUCAAGCUGACGGAAAAGGUCGAGGUCAAGACCAACGAGGAGUCGGAGGAGCAGCUCUUCAAGAUGCGCGCCAAGCUGUUCAAGUUUGUCAAGGCGGCCAAGAAGGAGGGUGAGGAGGCGCCCGCCGCCGCCGGCGAGUGGAAGGAGCGAGGAACUGGCGACGUCAGGCUGCUCAAGCACAAGGAGACGGCAAAGGUGCGCCUGGUGAUGCGACGGGAGAAGACGCUCAAGGUCUGCGCCAACCACUACAUUGUGCCCGAGAUCUCUCUGUCCGCCAACGUUGGCUCUGACCGAAGCUGGGUGUGGAACGCUGCCGCCGAUGUCAGCGAGGGCGAGCCCGAGGCCGUCACUCUGGCUAUUCGAUUCGCCAACUCCGACAAUGCCAACCAGUUCCGCGAUGCGUUCCUCAAGGCUCAGAGCGAGAGCGCCCAUCUCUUCAAGAACUCUUCUGACGACAAGGAGGAGAAGGAGGCGGAGGAGGAGAAGACUGCCGCUUAAGUCGACGACGCUUCCUUGCCCGACCACCGACCCCGAACAAUGCUUGCCGCUUCUCGAACCAUCAUAACCCCAACACGCACCGCGCAUCCGCUGUUGACCAAGACACGGAGAUGCUGUUACCUGACACACCCCACGCCCCAUCACAUCACAACAUGACGACACACACACAUAAACGACACAUGGCUCGCCAUGUAGUCUGUACCAGGUCGAUGUAGCAGAGCCUGUCGACCUGGAGGACGGAGACUGGAGAGGCCCUGGCCACUGAGCACCAAGUGGUGCAUGCCCGAGGAGAGGACGAAUAAUGG